GCAUAAAGCUUGAACAGUGAUAUAUUGACAAGAUGUCUUUAUUGGGAAAUAAAUUACUUUUGUUAAAUCAACCGUACUUAAAAUUUCAACAUGCCUUUAUAUAUAUUUCAUUUAAACACAACUAUUGCUCAAUCGAAAUUGCAUUCGUGUGAAUGGAUGACAGCACUCUAUAGUUCCGAGAGUGGAGAUUCAUGUGCCGGUACCAAACGACGUGAUAGACCGUAGUGAUUUUUACUAUACUUUUUGUCUACAUUUAUUGACUUAAUGAUCAGUUUAAAGCAUCAUAAUAAGCCGAGCUGACGCUGCGUACAUAAGUGAAGUCACUCGUGAUUGCUUAGUGGAUAUACUUAGAGUUGCGUUCGAUGGCGUAAUUAAAUAGUUUAUAUGUUCUGAAGUCUUCAUGACUGAAAUCCCUAAAAAUGGCGUUUAUAGUGACUUACCAUUCAUUAUCAAGAAACAACAUACGCAAUCUAUACAGCGGCUUACCGGAGGAGUACAGAUUGCGAACAUUGUCCUCGCCCAAAUCUCUAACCUGCCAACAGCGGACUAGCCAGCAAUACUACCGGGCGAAUCCCCGUGAGAGAUUCCUCUCGGAUCGUUAUUACGAGUUUAACUACGAAUACAACGCCCGGAUCCCACGUGCCCCGGCGUUCCGGCAACUUCCGCAAGCCGAGGUCGAAAAGCUCGUGGAGCGGUUAUCAUCACCGACAGUUAGAGAGCGUCGCCGAGCGUCGGAUUUAUGCGACCGGGAGGUCCGAGGAUCUGCCUCAGAAAGAUACCGGAAGUGCCGAGCCUUGUUGGCCCAGCCUCCCGCGACCCGAGAAAAGGUAGAACAGAUCACUGAGCGACUAAGCGUUCCCACACUGUCUGCUGCUAUAAGGUCAAGUCAAAGGUCACUGCGAGAUGUGACGUCACCGGAACAGAAGAUUAUCUGCGAGAAAUAUGAAAGCGUUCCCUCUCAAAGAUUUGCUAAAGAGUUCAGGAUGUAUGAUAUAUAACGUUAAUGGUCUUCUAUUAGAAGUUUAUGUGUUCAUCCAGAGGUCGACAUGUUUUCAGGGUCAUCACAAUAUAUUUACAAAUUCUCAGGUUAAAUUCGAAAUGUUCUGAAAGUGAUUAAAAAUAAAUAAAUAUCGUAAAUAAAUGUCGUUUAAUAAAAACGGAUUUAUGAAAUUUACAGACGCGUUGUCUGGAAAACUGUUCAGUGGCAUAUAGGUAUAAGUUGGUUUUGUCGAACAAAUGCGGUAUUAUUAAAUAGACAGACUAUAAUAAAACAAUACAAACUUCAA